AUGGGUAUCUCACGAGACAGCCGCCACAAGCGGUCUGCAACUGGUGCGAAGCGCGCAUACUAUCGCAAGAAGAGAGCUUUCGAGAAAGGUCGUCAACCAGCCAACACCCGUAUCGGUGCCAAGCGAAUCCAUCUCGUCCGCACCCGUGGCGGCAACACCAAAUAUCGAGCCCUGCGCCUCGAAUCCGGCAACUUCUCCUGGGGCAGCGAGGGCAUUGCCCGCAAAGUCCGCGUCAUCGUUGUGGCCUACCACCCUUCAAACAACGAACUCGUCCGCACAAACACCCUGACCAAGUCCGCCGUUGUCCAGAUUGAUGCCGCCCCGUUCAGGACUUGGUACGAGGCGCACUACGGUACGAACCUUGGCCGGAGACGACAACAACCCGGCGCUGCUGCGACGGACGGUGCAACGACCAAGGCAAGCAAGAGCGUGCAAGCGAAGAGAGAGGAGAGAUUGAAGGCCAGUGGCAAGAUUGAGCCGGCUUUGGAGCGACAGUUUGAGGCAGGUCGAUUGUAUGCCGUCGUGAGCUCGCGGCCUGGCCAGAGCGGUCGUGUCGACGGGUACAUUUUGGAGGGUGACGAGUUGGCCUUCUACCAGAGAGCCAUCCGGAAGUAG